UGUCGGCGGGGGAUGGUUGUGUUUGGCGUCAUUGUAUUUUUAACGGUUUGUUGACAAAAAUUGUACAAUUGUUGUAAUAUUUAUCAACAAAUAGUGUAAAACAUUCUUAUAAUUUGUUUUGUGACAUAAAAAGUGAACCGUAAUCAUGGCUACCCAGCCAGAAGUUGGUGUGUCCGACUUCGUCCUGCUAGACAAUUUGACCACGGAUAAGUUUAUCGAAAAUUUGCAUCUCAGAUUCCAACACAACAAGAUAUACACUUACAUCGGCGAGGUGCUGGUCUCCGUCAACCCGUACAAGAACUUGGACAUCUACAAUGCACAACACAUGGCCCAGUAUCGAGGCAGGGAAAUGUUUGAAGUACCACCACACGUGUAUGCUGUGGCAGACGCCUGUCAAAGAGUGCUCAGACAGCAGGGCAGGGAUACAUGCGUCUUGAUAUCUGGUGAAUCCGGUGCGGGGAAGACAGAGGCCUCAAAGUUUAUAAUGAAAUACAUAGCCGCGAACACAACGCAAGUCCACAGGGAAUACAUCGACAGAGUAAAAAACGUGUUAAUACAAUCGAAUUCGAUCUUGGAGACGUUCGGUAACGCGAAGACAAACCGGAAUGAUAAUUCGUCUCGCUUCGGCAAAUACAUGGAUAUACAUUUCGACUACAAAGGUGAUCCUGUUGGUGGACAUAUUAGCAAUUAUCUGCUAGAGAAGAGCAGAGUUGUCAGUCUGCAGCCUGGGGAGAGGAACUUUCAUGCGUUCUAUCAGUUAUUAAGUACAAAUAAUCCUUAUACAAAGAAGUUUGGACUGAGUUCAACCGAAGUGUACAAGAUAUUAGGCAGCGAGCGAGGUACCGCACACGACUCUAAACUCUAUUCUGUAACGAAUAGCGCUUUUAAUGCAUUGGGAUUCUCCUCUACGGUGGUCGAGGAUAUUUGGAGUAUAGUUGCUGGUGUUAUUUUAUUGGGCGAGCUAAGUUUUACCGAAACAUCAGAAGGCGAGCUAAAUAUCGGCGGUCCUUUGCGCUCAUGCGUGACCGCGCUGGGUGUGAGCGAGACGGCGCUACGGGAAGCGUUCGCGUGCCGAGUGCUGGCGGCGGGCGGCGAGCUUGUGAGCAAGCGGCACUCGCUCAGCGACGCGCACUACACGCGGCUUGCACUCGCUAAAGCCGCGUAUGAUAGACUGUUCAGUUGGAUUGUACAAGAGAUCAACAAGGCGAUAGAAGCGCCGAAAGGCACUUUCCGCAGCACUUUGAUCGGUGUGCUCGAUAUCUACGGCUUCGAGAUCUUCGAGACCAACAGCUUCGAGCAGUUCUGCAUCAACUACUGCAACGAGAAGCUGCAGCAGCUCUUUAUUGAGUUGGUGCUGAAGCAGGAGCAGGAGGAGUACGCGCGCGAGGGCAUCCAGUGGACGGCGGUGCAGUACUUCAACAACCGCGUCAUCUGCGAGCUGGUGGACGCGCCGCACCAGGGCAUCAUCGCCAUCAUGGACGAGGCCUGCCUCAAUCCCACCAAGAUAUCAGACAGUCAGCUGCUAGAAGCCAUGGAUAAGAGAUUGAAUGGACAUAAACACUAUACAUCGCGGCAGCUCAGUCCUACUGAUAAAAAACUCAAGCACAGCGUCGAUUUUAGAAUAACGCACUACGCGGGCGAGGUGACGUACGCGGUGUCGGGCUUCAUGGACAAGAACAAGGACUCGCUGUGGCAGGACCUGAAGCGGCUGCUGCACUCCUCGCGCAACGCCUCGCUCGCGCACAUGUGGCCCGAAGGUGCCACUAAUAUACAGAAAACGUCAAAACGGCCGCCGUCCGCGGCGACUUUGUUCCGCAACUCGAUGGGCGCGCUGGUGGCGGGCUUGCAGACCAAGGAGCCCUUCUACGUGCGCUGCGUCAAGCCCAACCCAGUGCAGGCGCCGCAGCACUGGGAUGAACAACUGGUGCGUCACCAGGUGGCGUACCUGGGGCUAGUGGAGAACGUGCGCGUGCGGCGCGCUGGCUUCGCGUCGCGCCAGCGCUACGACCGCUUCCUGAAGCGGUACAAGAUGCUGUCGCAGUACACGUGGCCCAACUUCCGCGGCGCCAGCGACCGCGACGCCGUGCUGGUGCUGCUCCGCGACCUGCACAUCACUGACGUGCAGUUUGGGCAUACCAAACUCUUCAUCAGGAGUGCGCAGACGGUGCACGCGCUGGAGGCGGCGCGCGCGCAGCUGAUCCCCUCCAUCGUGGUGCUGCUGCAGAAGCUGUGGCGCGGCGCGCUCGCCCGCCAGCGCUACAGGAAGAUGAAGGCGGCUCUCUUCAUAUUUAAUGCGUGGAAACGCUACCGCUACCGGCGCUACAUAGCCGAGCUGCAGCAGGAGUUGCAGCGCAACGGGGGCGUGAUCCGGCGCUGGGCGGAGCCUCCCCGGCGCGUACCGGUGUCCAUACUGCAGGCGGCGUACCGGCGCUGGCGCGCGUACCUGACGCUGCGGCCCGUACCGAGGGAGCAGUGGCCGCAGCUGAAGCUGAAGAUCUGCGCCGCCAGCGCCCUCCGCGGCCGCCGCGCGCACUGGGGCGCGGCACGCCUCUGGCGGGGGGACUACCUCGCUUUAGAUAAUUAUCAUGAUAAAGCUAACGUGUACAGAUCAGCGUUGGCGCAGCUGCAGAAGUCCCAGCACGUGGGGAGGGCGGUGUUCUCGUGCCGCGUGCACAAGUUCAACCGGCACAACAAGCUGGCUGCGCGCGCGCUGCUCGUCACCGACACCGCGAUCUGCAAGCUGGACGAUAACAAUUUCAAGCUGCUCAAGAAGCCUACGCCCAUCACUGAGGUGGGUGCGGUGCGCGUGAUGAGUGGCGACGCGCAGCUGGCGGUGAUCAGCGUGCCGAGCGCGCGCAACGACCUCGUGCUAGGGCUGGUCGCGCCCGCGGAGCACGCGCAGCGCGCCGAGCACGUCGACCUCGUCGGGGAACUGCUCGGCGUGCUCGCGCACAGAUAUCACGCAUUGACGGGUUCAGAGUUGGUAGUGGAGGUGGAGAGCGGGGUGACGACGCGCUGCAUCCUGGGCGGGAAGAGCCGCGCGCUGCAGCUGCCGCACGCCCCGCACGCCCCACACGCCCCGCACGCCCCCGACACCACACCGCCCUUCACGCACGCACACAACGUCAUCACCUACCACCCUACGUCAGCGCGCGCGUAAAAUGACGCCCACAUUCAAAUGUAUGCCGUCUCUUUCAUUAUCUUUAAUGAAAUAGAGAUAACAAUAUGUUAUGACGGGAUUGAUGGAAACGUAGAGCUUAAAGGUCAUGUCACACUAACCUGAAAGUUUAUUGUCAACAAUAUAGUUAAUAUAUUUAAGGAAGUAGAUAAUAUUAAUCGUUUAUUAUACUUAUAGUAGUCAAAUUAAUGCGCUGGACGUAUUUGUGCUGAAACUUUUAAUGUUAUUUAGGGCGACGCGUUCACUAUUCAACGCGUAAAGGUCACGUUGCUACGAGACGGCUUAUUGUUUGUAAAAAAUGUUAUAAGCUCUUGUUUCUUUAUUUUUCAGUCGGUACAUGUGUUUUAGUACAUUAUCGAAAUAAAAUUGUUUUUUUUAAUAAAAUAAGCACUUUAUCUUUACUUAUAAUUGAUUCAGUGUGAUGUGACCUUAAAUUAGUGUCUUACAAUGUUGCCUUGCACUUUAAUACUUUUGUAUGAAAAAGUAUUGAAAAGUGAGAAAAUUGAAAUUUAAUUGUAAGUGUUGAUGUUAAGAUAUAAAUAGUACCAUACAAGUACGUAAAUAGUAUUUGGUAAUAAUGUAUAGUAAAAAACGUAACAAAUAGUAUUUAUUUCAUACAAAUAAAAAAAUAAAUUUGGAUAAUAAUGAAUAAAAUCGUAAUAAAAAUAUUCAUUUUAAUUCAUAGUAGUACAAUAAUUUGAUAUUUUAUCGCUUUUCUUGUACACUUGAGUUUUUUAUCUGUGGCAUAUUAAUUUUUUUUUUAAUUUAAUUAUAAUUUAAAUUUUGUUGUUUUUUCCCAUAUCCAUCCACUAUUUUGUUACUUUGAGACUUAAAGAGUUAAUUUUUUUUAUUGAUAUUUAUUUAAGAUCGCCGUUAAUGUUUACUUAAAAUUUUGUCAACUGAAAAUUGGUUUUUUAA